AUACAGAAACUCACCCAAGAAUAUGUAAAGCAACUGGCAACCAAGAGGCAGCAGCAAGUUGGCAACAGAAACCAGAUAGAAGAUGCUGCUGCACAGCUCAAGGCUCAUGCAGAGUCAAGUAAAAACUGGCUGACGGAGAAAUUCACUGAACUCAGAUUACUACUUGAUGAAGAGGAAGUGCUGGCCAAGAAAGUCAUUGAUAAAAAUACCCAGUUUACACUUCAGGCAUACAGGGAGCAAAUCAUAUCUUGUGAGGACCAAAUUGACGUCUUGAACAGUCUCUCCGACAGGAUCUGCAGUAUCAGCCAGGAGCCCAAUCCUGUCCAGCUACUGCAGGAGUUCAUGGCCACUGAGCAGGAGCUGAAGCAUCAGUUGAACUCAGGGGAGCUGUGCCACCCUGUGCCUCAAUCUUUUGAGCCCAUCAAGACCUUCUUCAAGGGCCUCCUGGAAGCCAUGCAGAACAUGACACAGACGCCACUAGAGGUUCGCUUGAAGGAAAACAUGAGAUGCCAGCUGUCCAGCUUCUCUAGCACCAAGAAGGAAUCCUUGUUGAAAAUCAGCCCCUCACCAGAGAGAUCGCUCUUCUUGAAAUGUAAGACCCCCAGGGUGCAUGGCUGCAACCGCCAGUCCUGGUGCCUGAAGCGCUACGACCUGGAGUACUGGGCCUUCCACGACAGCCAGCGCAGCCGCCUGCUGCCCCGCGGCGACCCCGACCGGCUGGGCGUCUUCCUGGACUACGAGGCCGGCGUCCUCGCCUUCUACGACGUGUCGGACGGCAUGAGGCACCUCCACACCUUCCGCGCCGCCUUCCAGGAGCCGCUCUACCCUGCCCUGCGGCUCUGGGAGGGCGCCAUCAGCAUCCCCCGGCUGCCCUAGGGGCCGAGACUGGAGCCACCGCCCUCAGACUCCGGGGUCUGGUCACAGGCGGGGGUUGCCCACGGCCAGCUCUCCAAGCACACGGAUAGUCUCCCCUCCAGUCAUGCCGUGUGCUGGAACGGUUCCUCUCCUAGGCUGGGUUCAGUUAUGCCUUAAACGUAGGCCCUCCGCUGCUGCUCUCAUCAGACCUCCCCGCCACCAGAGCACUUAGGCUACAGUCCUUUCAGCCCAGGUUUCUGGAAGGACACGCUCACAGGUGAGCCCUGGGCGUCCUGACCAAUCAUCAUGUUAUGCUUAUUAGCCUCAGACCUCCUCCCUCAGAAGCCAGAACUGCCUGGCACAUAGUAGGUGCACAGUAAAUAGGUGAAUGAAUGAGUCACCCAGCCCUGGCUCUUAUCUACUCAAUGGCCCUUGGAUCUGCCUCCUCCUUUCCACUCUACUUCAUUUAGCUUGUCCAUGUUUCCUCCCCAGAGCAGCAGCAAGAGCCUGGCUUGAACCCUCUCCCAUCCUCCUCCACCUAUAGCCAGAGUGAUCCGCCUAAAACCACACUUAAUGUCUCAGAACUAUGGAAAGGUUCCCAAGGACACCAGGGGGUAAAAGCACCUCACCUCACCUUAUAACAGCUUUUUUCAGAUACCCUGGAGCAGAACUGUGUCACAUAGUUGACCUCAGUGCCUUUGCAGCUACCCUCCCCCACUAUGUACAUUUAGAUAGGAAAGCCCUUUUCUUCUUUUUGCCUGUCAUAGUCUUCCCCAGGCUUAACUGCUCCACGGAAGUGUCCCCAAGCCACAAGAAUCCCUCAGUAUCAGGGCCACAAACCUGGGACCUAUUUUUCCAACUAGAUUGGAAGCUUUCUAAGGGCAGCUAUGUCCUAUACUCUCCCCACCCCCAAAAAUGCAGUUAAGUCCCUGCCCUCCCAGGCAGUGAAUAGCAAGCAGCUGGCUUUCAUUGAAUCACAGAGCAGCUGGGCUUCGAGAGCCUCACAGAUCACCCAGCCUGACCUCAUCCUACAUUUGGGGAGACAAAGGUCCUGACCUGAAAGAAAGUUGCUUAAAGCCAUCCACGGUGAUUGAGGGCCGGGCCACCCUCCCAGCCCCCAGGCAAGUAUCUGAGUAUCUGAUUUGUCCUUUGGCCCAGUCCUUUAGGCCCAGCCUUUAACCUGGGGAAUUUAACUGCUUAGUCAUUGUUCAGGAUGCUGGGGAGAAUCAGCAGGUGGCAGUUACUAAGCAACCAAGGGCAGUUUUCCCAGUGUCUUAGAACCCAAAGGAGAGCAGCUAGGAGUUGAGUUUGGGCAGCCCAGACACUCUAUGCUCCUCAGAUCCAGAUAUUGCCACGGAAACCCAUAGAGCCCCAUUUUCCAGUAAGAAGUGCUAGAAAUAGAAAAGGCCAAACUGGCAGGACCUCACAGGGAGGCCAGCUCCUCUAGCAGGUUGGGAAAGGCCUCUUUUCAGGGCCUGUGCCUCAGUUCUGAAGGGUCAGCAUCCUGACUUGUCAAAUUCCCUAGACAGCUUUUAAGUUAUAUCAUAUUAAAAGUAUCUUGUUAGGUGCUUGACAGGAAGACAGUGGUAGGGUGAGGAAAAUGCAAAGCUGAAUCCCCCUUAUAAUUUAAACAGACUCCCAGUGCAUUAAUUAGUUUGAAUCAUAAAAAUGCAAAUUUCCAAUAGUUUUUGACCUAAAAAAUGGCACUUUUAUAUGGGCAGUGUAAUACAAGAAGAAUACUGUUUGGGCUCACUCUAGCCCCUCUCAGUGGGCCUGUAAUGCUUAGCUUUUUUGCUUGGUUACUCUGUGGGACCUUAGUCCAUCUUUGGAUUAUCUUCCUUGGGCUCUGAGAUUGAGAUCUUACACCUAGAGGGGGAAUUGAGAGUAGCAGAGACUAUAAAGGGGGGGAAGUGGCUUUUAUCAAAUGCCUACUCUGUGCCAAGGCCUGUACCAGCCAGAAAACUGCAGUUCUGGUUCACAAUCAAUUGUGACCUCAGGCUAGUCGCUUUUAAAAUAUAUGUAUGUAUCUUUAUUAAUUUCAGAGAGAGGACAGGGGAGGGAGA